AUGAGUUAUGAAAUAUUAAUAUUGAAAUAAUAUCUAUUAAUGCAACGACAUAAUCAGUUAUUAAUUACGAUAGCUAACAUAUUAGAUGAAAUAAUUAAAGAGACUGAUACUUUAGAAAUAGAGUAAGAUUCAAUAUCUUAUUUCCAUGCAUCUAAAGCACCAUCAAUAACCUUAUUUAAUUACUUAUAAAGAAUUGCAAAAUACACACAUUGUAGUGAAUAAUGCUUUGUUAUUGCUUUAAUUUACUUAGAUAAGUUGCAAGAAAAGCAUCCAUAUCUAGUUUUAAAUUCGAAAUGCAUUCAUAGGUAUCCAUUUUUAUUUAUUAGAUUUCUAUUGACUUCUAUGGUAAUAGCCAUUAAAUUUUAAGAUGAUGAUUAUUAUAAAAAUGAAUAUUAUGCAAAAGUAGGAGGUGUAAGUGUAAGAGAAAUUUUUGUUCUUGAAUAAGCAUUUUUAGAAUUAAUGGAUUAUGAAUUGUUUAUUGAUGAACAUCAUUAUUUUAUCUAUGAAAAGAAAUUACUAGAGUAUGGAGAAAUUGAAAUGCCUUGA